AUGACGGACAAAGACGAAUCAAAAGAAAGAGAGGAACAAACAAGUAGUACUUUAACAGUUCCUAGUGAGAAAAGUGCGAACUCCUUGGAAAAUAUAGACCAAGAUGAUACUAAUGACAACAAUGUUCAGGGUACCUCAACGGCAAAAGUCAAGAAGAAGAAAAAAAAGAAAAACAAAUCAAACGUAGCGGAGAACGAAUCGACAACUUCUGCGGAUAAAGGAUCAGGCAACAAAUCUGCCAAAGAUAAGGAUGAUUUGGAUCAAAUAGUGGCGCAUAUCAUGAGGUACGACGAGAAACCGCAAACAAAUUCGUGUUCGGUGCCAAAGUGUAAACAGAGUUUGGCAGUUAUUAGUCAUAUUUGCCAAUAUUGUAAUAUGAAAUACUGCAUAGCUCACAGGUACAGGAGCGAUGUGUAUUUUAAUUUCGUAUGUUUGGCCAUAAAUCUAAUGGUUAAUCCUACUACCAGGCACCCUGAAGCACAUUCGCCAAAAUGCGUUGAAAAAGCUAGGAAUGUCGCGCAUGCUGGAUUUAAACAAGAAUCUAUGCGCUUCAUUUCCCAAGAAAGAAGAAAUCCCGGAUCAACAAACUCCAAAAAUUUUAAUGCAAACGAAAGUAAAGAGGAUCUAAAAAAGAGGUAUAGGGAAAAACUGGAUAAAGCAAGGCGUGAAGAGAGAGGGGGAAAAGGCUCCUAA